AUGUUGAGUGUACUAAACGCUGGCCUCCCAUCCCCCGCACCCCCCGAACUGAUGACCGCUCGACCCCUGGCCAAAACAACCCGCUGUUGCCAGGGGGUCAAUUGGCAUUUUUGCCUAUGCGAGGAGCCACUUUCCGGACGGAUUGACCCCGGAAACACGCCCUUCAACCAAUCAGAGGGGUCACGUGUCAAUCAAUCUAGAUCCUUCUCGACCGUGACCUCUCCGAAAAUCGCUCUCUCACCGUUUGGACUCCGUUGCGACAACAAGUACCAUAUAGUGCUCUCGUCAACCUACAACGAAACCCAAACGUGUUUCAACUCUCGAUUCUACAAAUCGCGAGUAUCUCCAUAUUAUUUGACUCAAAGAAAUCAUAACGCGUGUGACUCUUGGUGCCCACAACCAGCUCAAUUCCUCACCCCUCACCUCUCACCGCCACCAGCCCCCCUCAAUCGCCCAACUGGCACAAACCAGAUCCCUCAUCCAACAUUUUGGUCCUUCGAGCCGGAUCGUGUAAGUGAAGUGAAAAAUAGUGGUGGGUUUUUGUGUGGCACGUGCCGAACACGUGGUAAAAUUCACGGUCAAGGUACCGGCAAGGGUACUCAACUCAAGCGACGCUCGAAGCUUCGAGAAGCGUGCUCCUCGACGCAACGGUGCUCAACGCGCACCGCGCCACUCUACAUCAGGACCCUGCCUUACCGACGCGCGAUGGCGCUACCGGAGACCACCAUCUCACUCAACCGGGAGCGGGGCUCAUGGAUGGCGCGCCUUCAUGAAGAGCUUCUCGACGAUGAUGUAGGGAACAUCACCGUCAAUAAUCUCCAGUCUAAAUUAGAUAUGCUGGAGAGUUAUUGGGCGAAAUUCGAGACUACUCACGAGAAGUUGGUCUCAGCCAGUGCCAAGAUGGAAGGUGCCAUGGAUCUUCCAUAUUUUAAAGACAACGUCUUCAAGUCGGCGAUCACUCAUUACCAUGAGGCCAGGGGGUUGCUCACCCAGCUCAUCGAUCAGAAGGAUGGCCCAUCGACCUCUCGACGCUCCAUGGCAGCUGGGACAUCUCAAGGUAAUCAAAGUAAGAGGUAUUUACCAGGUAUCUCACUCCCCAACUUCACGGGGAGAUACUCGGAGUGGACAUCGUUCCGGGACCUCUUCAAUUCACUGGUCAGCUCAAACGCAGAGCUCUCCAACGUGGAGAGAAUGCAUUAUCUCCGUACCAGCCUCAAACACGAGCCUUCCCGAAUUAUCUCCAAUUUGAAGAUCGACGACGAGUCAUUCAGCACGGCCUGGGAUAUUCUCAUCAAAAGGUACGAGAAUAAGAGACUGCUUACCUCUGCUCACCUCGAGCAGUUGCUCAAUCCUCCACACAUGACAGCUCACACAUCGCAGCAGUUGAAUGCACUCCUAACCACAGUGACAGAGUCACUAGCCGCUCUGCAGGCGAUGGGAUCGCCUACUCAGCACUGGGAUCGGAUAAUACUCCACACCGUAUCACAGAGGCUGAGUAACAGACUCAUCGAAGCCUGGGAGGUGGAGGUCGGGUCCUCAGGCGACUAUCCCACCUUCGACAAGUUCCAGGACUUCCUCACUGGACGAGCUCGAGCCAUGGAAAGUAUCGAGAAGAGAUCGAUCACCAAGGCUCCACAUUCUACAACGACUGCUCCAGCCAGAAGAUCCCCACCUCCAUCGCCAAAAAUGAGCCGCUCAACAAUCAGGACACACAAGGUGUCCACUCAGCCAGCUCAGAAACCUCAGUCAACUCAGACAGCUCAGAAGCCUCAGUCAACUCAGCCCAAGCUCUCAUACCCCUGCUCCAUGUGCGGAGCUAACCAUUACAUCGCUUCUUGUGGCAGUUUCAAGAUGCUCACUCUCCAAGCUCGCAGGGAUCUCGUUGAAAAGGAGUACCUCUGCUACAACUGCCUGGGACGACAUCCAGUGAGGGAUUGUCGUUCCGAACUCAACUGCCAACUCUGUGGCAGUCACCAUCACUCGCUGCUGCAUCCGCCAACAGCUGAGACAGCUACUCGUCCUGCUCCAGCCCAAAAACAAGAAGACUCAGCUCCUCGACACCCCGUCCCAGUAACUCAUUACUAUUACGAGCACGGGACCAUCAAGAACACCAAGAAUGCCGUCAAGAGCUCCGCUCACAACACAACGACAACUCAGGAUCUUCGGCCAGGAGUACUCUUGGCUACCAGCCGAGCAUUCCUGCUACGGCCAGGCCAGACACCUCAUCAGAUUCGCCUGCUCCUCGAUCCUGGCUCCGAAGUCUCACUCAUCACCAAUCAUCUCGUCCGUCAGCUCCGGUUGACGAGGCAAAGGACAUCACUCAACAUCUCCGGCAUAGGGGAGACGGCAUCUGGGCCAGUCCUAGGUAAAGUACCACUCACCAUACAGUCCACUUGCUCUCUGUUUCAGAUCAAAGUUGAGGCUUACAUCCUCAACGUACUCACGUCAUUGCUACCGACGUUUGCAUCGGAACAUGGCCAAUGGGACCACCUCAGGGGUUUAGAACUCUCUGAUCCAGAAUUCCUCACCCCAGCGCCCGUUGACGUGAUCCUCGGUGCUGAUAUCUAUGGGCAACUGAUCCUUCCAGACAUCCGCACAGCUGGGGCUAGCUCACCGACCGCUCAGCUUACUCAACUCGGCUGGAUAGUUUUCGGACCAACUGGUGGAACCGAACUAACGGUCCAGGCCAACACUCACUUGGCGAUCACCAACGAUGACCUCAAUAAUCUCCUCACCAAGUUUUGGGUUCAGGAAGAAAUCCCUGAAUCAUCUCCAGCUUCACUCUCGGAUGAAGAAGCUCAGUGUGAAGCUCAUGUUCGUCUGACUCACACAAGGGACUCAUCAGGACGCUACAUCGUGCGGCUACCUCUGAAGGCUCCAACAUCAUCGCUUGGAGACACUCGAUCAUCUGCUCUAGCCUGCCUACAACGACUCCAUCGGAAGUUCUCCAAGAACGAGUCCUAUAGACAACUCUACACGGACUUCCUGAAAGAAUACGAGGAUCUCGGCCACAUGCGCCGAGUCUCAAGCCAGCUCACGGGACGUUGCAUGACCACCGAGAUGACCUUAGCACAUGAAACUUCGGCUUCAGGAGGGUUGAGGGUCUCGGAGGGUCUUCAACCGACCGAAGUCCACGGCUCACCGGAAUUCUUUUUUCCACACCAUGGAGUGCUCAGAGUAGACAGCGAAACCACCAAACUCAGAGUGGUUUUCAACGGCUCACAUAGCUCCAGCUCAGGUCAAUCAUUGAACGACCUCAUGCACACAGGAGCCAAGCUGCAAAAGGACAUCUCUGACGUGCUGCUCUAUUCUCGCAAGCACAGACUCAUAUUUAUGACUGACAUCACCAAGAUGUUCCGUCAAAUACGUGUACAUGAAGACGACUGGCCACUCCAGCAAAUACUCUGGACAGACUCAACUGGCAACAUCUCCACGUACCAGCUCACCACAGUAACGUAUGGAACUCGCUCAGCUCCCUUCCUCGCUGUGCGUGUCCUCGCACAACUCGUCGAGGAUGACGGAUCGAGAUACCCCCUCGCAGUAGAGCCAAUUACCAGAGGAAGAUACGUGGACGACAUAUGCGGUGGUGCUGACUCCGCACAGGAUCUCAUUGACACGGCUAACCAACUCACUAGCCUCUGUCUGUCAGGAGGAUUUCCACUAGCCAAGUGGCACUCCAACAGCUCCGAGUUACUCGACGCUGUCUCUACUGAUCGUACUCUUCAAGGCACUCGCAUCAUAGAUGGCUCACUCACCAAGAUCCUGGGGGUCUCCUGGAAUCCAAGUACUGACCACUUCAACUUCGCAGUAACUUCACCAGGGGAGAGUUCCAUCUCCAAGAGGAUCAUCCUAUCCGAGACGGCUCAGCUGUUCGACCCACUUGGGUUCUUAGCUCCGGUGGUAGUCCAUGCCAAAAUCCUCCUCCAAUCGCUUUGGAUCGAGAAACUGGGAUGGGACGAACCCGUCCCCCCACUAACGGCUCAACGCUGGCGACAGUUCAGACAGGAACUUAGCCAGCUCUCACAUGUCUCCAUACCACGAUGGCUUGGACUACUUCAGGACUCAACCGUGGAGAUCCACGGCUUCUCCGACGCUUCCCAGUUGGCCAUGUCAGCCGUGGUGUACCUGAGGGUGUUCAACACACAUCAAACACCUCAGAUCACCCUCGUCUGCUCCAAAACCAAGGUAGCACCACUCAAGCGACUGACAAUACCGCGACUGGAACUUACCGCAGCGCUGCUACUUGCCAAACUCACCAAGUACGUCCAGGAGCAACUCAACAUCUCCAAUGCUUCCACCUACCUCUGGACCGACUCGUCGGUGACGCUUACCUGGAUCAGCCAUCAUCCUUCUAGAUGGAAGGAAUUCGUUAGAAACCGAGUCUCGCUCAUCCAGGAACUCACUCAUCAAACACAUUGGAGAUUGAUCCCAGGCAAGGACAACCCAGCAGACUGCGCAUCAAGAGGACUAUCAGCUGCUCAGCUGGUAUCUCACAAGCUCUGGUGGCAAGGACCACCAUGGCUUAAGGACUCUAUUACGUCAUGGCCCUCACACACUCUCGAAAAGGAUCUUCCAGGAGACCUGGAAGAAAAACCUGGAGCCCUGCUUCUCACCGCUACUCAUCCGCCAGCUCUUUGGGAUCUCAUUGAUAAAUACUCAUCAACAGAUCGCCUGUUCAGAGUUACAGCGAUCUGCAAGCGGUUCAUCGCAAGACUCAGGAGGACUCCAGCAUCAUCGCUCUACUACCCACUCACCCAUGACGACAUUAAUGAGGCUAGAUCCUUCUGGAUCAAGGUCACUCAGGCAGCGUACCUCAAAGCUGAGCUCCGGACAAUCUCACGUGGUGAGCAAUUUACCAAAUCUCAUCCGCUCACCAAGCUCACUCCCUUUAUCGAUCACCAGGGGAUACUACGUGUUGGAGGGAGGCUUCGACACGCUCAUCUGGACCUUGAGAGCAAGAAUCAAGUCAUCUUGUCCAAGGACUCCACCCUGGCUCAACUAUUGAUAGCACAAGCUCACCUCAAGACGUUCCACGGAGGGACGCAACUCACCCUCAGACAACUCCGGAGCAGGUACUGGGUCCUCGGAGGCCGAGCACCCGCACGCUCAUUUAUCCUCAAGUGCGUCACCUGCACCAGAUACCGUGGAAUUCGAGCUCAACAACUCAUGGGCCAGCUACCACCAUCCAGACUCACUCCUGGCCGCGCAUUCCUCAACACUGGUGUUGACUAUGCCGGCCCAGUAGCUCUGCGAUCCUGGAAAGGCCGGGGUCAUAAGUCAUACAAGGGCUGGUUGGCCAUCUUCGUCUGCAUGGCCACAUCAGCAGUUCACCUGGAGGUGGUCUCAGACUACUCAGCGGAAGGAUUUAUCGCCGCAUAUCGACGCUUCGUCAGCCGUCGCGGAAUAGCUCGGGCCCUCUUCAGCGACUGCGGAACUACCUUCGUUGCCGCUGAUAAGGAACUCCAGAAAAUGUUCUCGGCGGGAUCCACGCAGUCAAGGCAACUAGCUCAGCUGCUGCUCAACGACGGAACUCAUUGGUCAUUCAAUCCUCCGAGUGCACCUCACUUCGGAGGAAAAUGGGAGGCCGCCGUAAAGUCGGUAAAAUUCCAUCUGACCCGAGCCAUUGGGAAUGACCUCCUCACCUUCGAGGAACGCACCACACUGCUUACCCAAAUCGAAGCAGUCCUCAACUCGAGACCUCUGGAACCCCUCACCGAUGAUCUGGAAGACCUCUCAGCGUUGACUCCAGGACAUUUCCUCAUAGGACAGGCUCCAACGACUCUACCAGAACCAGCUCUAGACGACUCCAAUCUCGCCAGGCUCACUCGAUGGCAGCUCAUUCAGAGCAAACUACAAGGGUUCUGGAAGCAUUGGUCCACUGGAUACCUUCAACGACUCCAAGCUACCCACAAGUGGCACCACGCCAACCAUCAAAUUCAAGUGGGCUCAUUGGUACUCCUCACUGACGAGAGGUUCCCCCCCACCAAGUGGCCUCUUGCUCGUGUCAUAGCCCUUCAUCCAGGACAAGAUGGACUCACCAGGAUCGUGACCAUCAGGACUUCUCAGGCAACGCUCACGAGACCAAUCGCCAAGCUGGUCACUCUACCCAUCAUGCCAACCUCACAGACUCAGGAAUCAGCGGCCCCUCGGACCGUGCAUCGUCAACCGCGACGGCCCUACAACCCAGACCAACCGGCGAUGUCCAGUGCGAGGGUGACGACAACUCGACCAACAGGGACUUACAACCCCCAAGGAAGCAACUCGGUAGCUCUUAUCAAUCUCAGUCUCCUCAUAUUGUUUUUUGACUGUUGCAGAUCAGCCAGAGAAUUUAAUCAGGCAACACCAGUUGCUGAUUCGUCGGGGAGAAUGUUGGAAAUCCAGCUAAACGCUGGCCUCCCAUCCCCCGCACCCCCCGAACUCAUGACCGCUCGACCGCUGGCCAAAACAACCCGCUGUUGCCAGGGGGUCAAUUGGCAUUUUUGCCUAUCCGAGGAGCCACUUUCCGGACGGAUUGACCCCGGAAACACGCCCUUCAACCAAUCAGAGGGGUCACGUGUCAAUCAAUCUAGAUCCUUCUCGACCGUGACCUCUCCGAAAAUCGCUCUCUCACCGUUUGGACUCCGUUGCGACAACAAGUACCAUAUAGUGCUCUCGUCAACCUACAACGAAACCCAAACGUGUUUCAACUCUCGAUUCUACAAAUCGCGAGUAUCUCCAUAUUAUUUGACUCAAAGAAAUCAUAACGCGUGUGACUCUUGGUGCCCACAACCGGCUCAAUUCCUCACCCCUCACCUCUCACCACCACCAGCCCCCCUCAAUCACCCAACUGGCACAAACCAGAUCCCUCAUCCAACACAAUACAAUGAAAGUUACAUAAAUCAACUGCUUCAUCUGCAGGACACCAUGUUUCAGUUAGCAACAAAAAGUUACUAUUUCUACAAAUAG